UCCAGCUCAUCGCCAUGACCGGGAGCUACACGCUGCCAUGUACCAAUUCGUUUACCAUUUCCGACAAGGUGUGAAUUAUUUAUAACGCUGCUGUUCAAGAACCCUUCGUCGGUGACGGCAAAAGGACAUGCUUUCUGUGUGUUUGCAUUCAUACUUGUCCUGCGUUUUGUAUUUGCGCUGUUUAUUCUGACGAAUGGGGCGAACGCACCAAGACACGGAAGACACCGUUUUCCGUUUCUUCCUCGCACAAGGUAGCCGUUUUUUCAGUGCGAUAUUUGCACCUGUGGAUGAGCUCAGCCCACGUUAUAUAUAGAUACUCUUAUGACAGAAAAUGCAGAAUAGCGCUGGGUGGAGCAGCGUCGCGUGAUGCAGGAACCCGGUCAUCAGAAAGCUCGUUGCAGAUGGAUAAAAUACUAAGAGGGAGAAUGCAGUUCCGAAGCGGGUCUCCGUGAAAGUAGUAGGGGACAUGGGGGAAGCAGAAGGCAUGCCGAGUGCAUCGGAAGACGGACUCUUAGCCUGGCGGUGGAACAAAAACGCAAAGGAGCAAGUCCAGCUGAAGCAGAAGAUCAGAGAUCUGCCAGGAUUGUUAAAACACGGGUUGCAUUUGAGGAAGAAAAGUGUGGAGGCUUUACCUGACACCACUCCUGGUCCCAGUUCUGGCUUCUCCAAACACAAGGCCUGCUUAGAAAACUUUCCGUGUGCUGGACGGGCCUUGAGGAACGCUUUCUUAUCACAUGGCCCGUAUCCCGCCAAAGACCGGAUCCAUCUCGCCAGAAUCAUCAGGAGGAGCUAUGUCGGCCUGGAGCUGGUUCAGUGGCUCCUGGAGCAGUGUCUCUUCAUACAAUGCAGGAUGAUGGCCACAAAGGUCUGGCAGGUCCUGCUGGAGCUCGGCAUCCUGAUGUCAGUGGACCAGCACAUCGUUUUCGAGGACUCCAACACGUACUACCAGUUCUCUUUCGAGGAGUGUGAGACUCAGGGCUGCGAGUUCCGGAACGAGGCGCAGUGGCAGAACGGCGUGCGUCUGCUCCUGCAGCUGGUGCCCUACGUCCAGUUCCGCGUCGGCAUGGUCACUCCGCCCCAGGAGGAGACGCAGGGACGGGGGGAGAUCAGCACGGAGAUCCUGCAGAUGAAGGCACUUGAGAGAUUGACGUCGACGGUGCAAAAUGAACUGGCUGCAGCACUGGCAAGGAAAGCAAGGAAGUCAAUGGCAGAAGAGGACCGUACAGAGCCUGAGGAGUCUGGAGAGAAGAAGGCCCAGAGCCCCGCUGAAGACAAGCAGGUCGGCGUGUGCAGCAUGCACGAUAAGGAGGAGAUGUCCCGACUCGAGAUGGUCCAGAGGCUGGCCAAGGAUGGCUGCCGCUUCCUUCAAACGCAGAACAGCAAGGCCCUGGAGCGCACCGCAGAGCCCCACAGUGUGGAGGCUGUGCGGGUGUGUCUGAAAGAGCGGGGCCAGAACGUGCUGGUUCUCCAGAGGGUGUCGUCAGAGCACCCGCCCCCCCCUGCCUCAGCCGGGGGAGGGAGGCAGGAGGAGAAAGACAGGAGGUACGUGGUGGUGUCGGGCACGCCCGAGAAGAUUCUGGAGCACCUGCUCAGCGACCUCCGGCUCGACGACGGCCAGGUGACCGCGCAGGGAAAGGAGGCGGAGACACUCCUGGAUGACUUCCUGUUGACCUACCUGGUGUUUAUGUCCACAACUGACCUGUGCCAGGCACUGCUGGGACACUAUUGCUCAAAGAGAUACAGGGGGAAAGAGGAAGGCAAAGAGGCUCUCUACAGGAAGCGCAAGGUCCUGCACUUGGUGUCUCAGUGGAGCGCCCUCUACAGGGACUUCCUGCACGAUGACGAGCAGGUCAAGCUCUUCAUGAAGAGCCUGUAUCGGUGCGCGCUGGAUGACCUGUAUGAGUAUCCCUCCCUGGAAAAGGACCUGAAAGAGUUCCAGAAGUUUCUGCGCAUGCACCGCAGACACACGGUGGAUGAGUAUUCCCCACACAGAAAGAGUAAAGCCAUCUUCCACCAAUUGAGUCUGAAAGAGAACUGGCUCCAGCCCAGAGGAACACAGAGGGAGACCAGGGAAGUGUUCUGUCACGUGUACGUCACCUUGGACUCGUACCUGAGCGUGAGGGCACCGGUCACCUCGGUGGCCCAGGACCUGCUGCACGCCGUGGCUGAGAGGCUGGAGUACCCGGAGGAGGACAUGGUGCUGGUGACCGUCGCCUACCCUGAAGAAAAGCUCAUUCUUCAGCCCCAUGACAGUAUUUACUCGGAGUCGAUGACAACGCCAGGGAGACUGCUUGUGUGCCACAAAGACCUGACUGAAAUAAUGAACCCGUUCACUGACAACGCAGAGCUUCAGCAGAGACCAGUCAGAUUGUUGGGUAUGAACACAUGGGAUGUGGCUGUGGCCCUCACCAACUUUGACUGGGGUCUCUUCAACUCUAUACAUGAGCAAGAGCUGAUCUACCACACGUUCAGCCGCCAGGCCGGGGCCGGCCACACGGUGGCGCUGGACCUGCUGCUGCAGCGCUGCAACGAGGUGCAGCUGUGGGUGAUGACCGAGGUGCUGCUGUGCGCGUCGCUGUGCAAGCGCGUGCAGCUCUUCAAGAAGUUCAUCAAGAUCGCUGCCCACUGUAAAGCCCUACGGAACUUGAAUUCAUUCUUUGCCAUCAUCAUGGGCCUAAACACAGCAGCGGUCAGUCGGCUUAACCAGACAUGGGAGAAAGUCCCAGGCAAAUUCAAGAAGCUUUUUUCAGAACUUGAUACACUAACAGACCCCUCCCUGAACCACAAAGCCUACAGGGAAGCCUUCAAGAAGAUGAAGCCCCCCAAAAUACCCUUCAUGCCACUGCUUCUGAAAGACAUCACCUUCAUUCACGAGGGCAACAAAACCUUUCUUGAUAACCUGGUGAAUUUCGAGAAGCUGCACAUGAUCGCGGACUCUGUUCGUCUGAUCCGAUACUGUCAGACUGACCACAUGGGAAAUGAGGUGGCCCAGAAGGACAGCCAAGAUGUCAGGACAUAUGUUCAUCACCUUCAUAUCAUCGACAAUCAGCAGACUCUGUUUGAGCUGUCACACAGACUGGAGCCUCGGGUGUAGAGCACCAAAGAUUGCUCCCACAAACCACCCUCUCACCCCCAGCACUUUGCCAGGGCGAGAAGAGAAGCACCCCUCAACACUACGUUUGUAUGGACCUAAAACAGAGCAGAGACAAAACCAGCCAAGCUUCUGUGGGACUAUGAACAAAAAGCCCAGAGCUGGGCCUGAAUUGCCAACUGCAUGCACCAGUUCAGCCACCAGGGGGAGACAGAGGGCCGCACAGCCAAAAUGGACGGAGCAAUUUUAAAUAACCAAAGGAGAGACUGGGUGAUUAAGAGGUUUAAGGUUAAGAGAUUAAAAGGUUCACAAAUACAUAAUACACAACAUAAUACACAAAAACACAGAAAGAACAUCCUCUACUUUGGUGGAAUUACAAGCAUAGCUGUCAGAAGAAUGGGUGUCCUUGCCCAACAGGAUAAUAUGUACAUAUGCACACUUCACAAAAUGUUGGUGUGAGAAAAACACUUGUGAUCAUGGAACACCACAGCUGUCGACUGUCAGGCUGUCUACAAUGUGAAAUGGUUUUCUGAAAUAGCAGUAUUAUUAAAAAUCUUAAACAUUUGUUUAAAUGUGACGGCUGAAUAUUCUUUAGUUGAUCCAUAAAUUAAUAACCUCACUGUGUGGCUGAAAUUUAGAAUUUUGUGCAUGUUUAUUUGCACUGGUUACUUGUUUUCAUCACCGUACACCAGUUUCUUACCAUGUCCUGUAUGUUAGUUUUUAUUUCCUGCUGUUGCUGUCAGUUUACAAUGCACUGUCUUGUCAUAUGAAGUCUGGUGAAAUUUCUGAAUUGCACAGAUAUUUUCAGUUGGAAAUAAUAUAUUGAUUGUCAUACAUGUUACUUGCAUUGUAAUAUUUUUCUGUUGUAUAGUUUUGUUACAUUAUAAUGUGUGUAUAUAUUUAUGUGUAUUUUUAUUUGCUUUCCAAAGCCAGCCAUAAAAUAUUGCCAUUUGUUAGUGCCAAACAAAAGCAAAAUGUUGCAAUGUAAAUGGUCUAAUCACACCUAACUUUUGUUAUGCCUCACAUUGAAAAAUGUUGAGUAGUAGUAUAAUACAUUUGCACAUUAUCUUGAAAGCACCCACUAAGAGGUUGGAUAGGAGUGUAUCCAUGGAAACCACUUCCCAAAGUACAGUACAGUACUGACAUUUGUCACUAACCUUGGACAAUCAGAGUACACUGAGGUAACCGCAUUUGUCACCAUGUCCUCAGUUGUUGGCAUUAUAAUGGAAUUAGCAAUAGUAACACCAUGAAAAUACAUGGUGGUAACUCAGUUUUACAUUUUGAGAAAAUGGCUUUUUUUCAGAUCAAGUUUAGAUGACUUCAACAGCAAUUGUAAUUUUGAAACGUGGUACUAAAAUAGACAAGAUUUAAGUUCUUGUAAGCAGUAGAAAAACUACAGUGAAAAUUUCUACCAUGUUCCAUACUACAAAUACAUUAUUGCUGUUAUCAGAUUUAUUCAUUUUUGACUGAAUGAUCCCUUGCUUUUAUGUAAUAUGGUCAUAUUUCCUUUCAUCUUUAUCAUGCCCAAGCAACUCAUCGCUUAAAAAAGAAAAAGAAAAAGAAAACCACAGAUUAAAGUGUUGUAUGUAAUAUGCUAAGACUUUUGAGAAGCACCGGGUCAUGUUAUACAGUAUCCGUUUCACCAGAAAAGUCAAGUAGAUUUUCAGUGCGUUUUCUUGGAAACUGUAAACAUGUCCCUUUAUUUGUUUGACCGAUGGCGGCAUUAAGAAUUAUUUAUUGGAUAAAACUUAUUUAUUUGUGUUUCAGAUGAGGAUAAUGGGCGAGGGUUUGUUGGACUGGUGGAGUGGAAUUUGCUGAAUAAUUGACAAAAUGAUAGGGUUCUACUUCUUAGGCUGAGACGGUCUGCAUGAUAUGGGAUAACCAUGGAUCGACCACUGAGGCAAAUGUGCAUGGGAACAGAGUCCUCACGGAUAAUAUUCUAACUGUAAAUAUGCUUCAAAUGUGUCAGUUGCUUCUGUUCUAAUUUGUAAUUUUUAAAAGCACCAUAAAGCAAUACAUGCUCAUUGUGUCUAUGUUCCUCUGACUUCCAACCCACACUUCCUUUCUAAUUAUCAGAGUUUUUACAGUUAUUCCCAAAUGUAAAAAAAUAAAAGGUUUUAUGUAACAUUAA